GUGCCGAUCAACUGCACUUGAGGGAGCUCCAGUGUGCGGACCUUCGUUUAUGAUUUCAUAGAGAGGAAAGCGACCAGUUUGGAGCUGCUCAAACGAAUCAAACCUGACAGCAAUUUGCGAGGGAGUCCAGGAUUCACUUAGGAACACCUGUUGCUCGUCGUCUGCGCACUGAACAUGGAUACAGGACACGUCAAAGCAUCAUUUAAUAGCAAAAAAGAAAAACACUUCUAAAGUGUAUUUGGACAGUUCUUCUUCUAAUCCCCCAGGGACAAAUAUGUGAACAGCUUUUUGUUCAUAUUCUUCAUUUCUAUUUUUCUUUCAUUGCUGUGUUUUGAUACUGUCUGAUACUUGGCGGUCAAACCAUGAGCGCACAAAUUCCCCAUCAACCUCGCCUUGAGAUAACAUCAAAUAAAUAUUCACAAUUUGGAUCCAAACGUCUCCAAGUAAGCGCUUUUACGCACGCGCACUUUUUCUUCUAGAGGAGAUAAUAUCAGAUGCGGACAAUCGAUUAUUCUGAUCUGAUUUUUUUUACAGCCAGCUUGACUGACAGCUGCAUCGCAGACGCAACUCGUCACAGACUCCGAGUGAAGAUGCUCUCACCUCACAGAGGAGCGGUGCAGAGCGCACUGGUCUGCUCAUAGGAUGGUAAAAAAACAUGCACAAUGCUUGUGCUGUAAAUGAUUUAAUUAUUAAAAAAUAGGAUAUCUGGACUCACUCUUUGAAAGUAAGGAGGCUGCUGCAGAUGCAUUUGACUUGGGGAAGCAGAAGCAGGCACUUGGUGAUACUUUUUAACUUGGAUAUACUUUGAAUUACAGAUGGAUUUCUUAAACGACUCUAAUUUCUCCCUCGGAGACACUAAUUCAACAACACAAGCUGUAGAUGGGGCCCUUCACCGCAGCGCCAUCCUCCCUGUCAUCUUUGGCAUCAUCUGCUUUCUGGGCAUCGUGGGAAACUGCAUCGUCAUGUACACCAUCAUGAAGAGGACCAAGUGCCGCGCCAAGCAAACUGUUCCGGACAUCUUUAUCUUAAAUUUGUCAAUCGUCGAUCUCCUGUUUCUCCUCGGGAUGCCGUUCCUCAUCCACCAGCUGCUGGGCAACGGCACCUGGCACUUUGGAGCCGCGAUGUGUACGGUCAUCACUGCACUUGACUCAAACAGCCAGAUUGUCAGCACUUACAUCCUCACCGCGAUGACCCUCGACCGUUACUUGGCUACGGUCCAUCCCAUCCGCUUCAACUACAUCCGCACGCCUUGCGUGGCAUCGCUGGUCAUCGGGCUGGUGUGGGGUCUGUCCUUGCUCACCAUCAUCCCCGUGUGGAUGUACGCCGGCCUGAUGCCUCUACCAGACGGCCUUGUUGCCUGCGCUCUUCUUCUGCCUGACCCGGUCACUGACAUAUACUGGUUUACGCUUUACCAGUUCUUCUUGGCGUUCGCUAUACCUUUGGCCAUCAUCUGCCUGGUGUUCUUCAAGAUCCUUCAGCAUAUGUCGACCAGCGUGGCGCCGCUGCCUCCGCGGAGUUUGAGGGUGCGCACAAGGAAGGUGACCCGGAUGGCGGUGGCCAUCUGCCUGGCCUUCUUCAUCUGCUGGGCCCCUUACUACAUCCUUCAGCUGAUCCACCUCGGGGUGCAGAACCCGAGCCUAGCUUUCUCCUACGCCUACAACAUAGCCAUCAGCAUGGGAUAUGCUAACAGUUGCAUCAACCCGUUCCUCUACAUCGUCCUCAGUGAGACCUUCAAGAGGCAGUUCCUCAGAGCGGUGCGCCCGGUUAACAGGAAGUUCCGCGUACGCCCGAGCACCACGGACGGUGGCAGUGUGAGUGUGAGGCUGGUACCGGAAGGGGCUCGGCAGGAGCCGGCCUGUGGGGAGAUGAUACCAUCCAACAUGGCCCCGCAAUGAAUACAAAUCAAAAUGACUUCACUAUGUAUCACUGUGGAUGGGACAUCAGCACGAGAACACAUUAGUGUUUCUGAGCAUUAAUGUCUGCACAUCAACUCCAAUCGACAGCAUGUUUGCUAAUUUUCAGUCAAGAUCUGAAUAAAAAUGUUCUCUCCGAUCAUUCCUCAUCAUGCAAAGCACAAUUUUGCAAUUUUUUUUUUUUAAAAACUAAUCAGCCUGCCUCGCUUCACUCAGAGACCAUCCUUAUCAUAACAACACUACUUUAUAGGAGCAACGAAAAUCAGACGGUGGCUGCCGGUAUCACGGUUUUGCACUCUGCGGCUCACGUUACCGCAGAUUCACAAGCUUGUCGGAGAACUACUGUGGCCUUCAGGUAGCGUAAAAAACGCUAAAGGCUCUCUUUAGAGGCAGUGUUUGGUUUGUCCGUUCUGGGCUACUGUAGAAACAUGGAGGAGCAACCUGGCGGACUAUGUGAAGAGGACCCGCUCCCUAUGCAGAUAUGAAGGGCUCAUUCUAAGCUAACGAAAAACAAUGAUUCUUAGUUUCAGGUGAUUAUUUCAUCACACUAAUGAAAGUUAUUAAUAUUGUAUUCCAUUUCUGCUAAUAGAUCCCACAAAAUGUUACACACUGUUCCUUCAAUUCAUGCCAGCUAAAAACAGUGAACUUAUCCUUUAAACUACUUCAACAGGGGACAUUUUCUUCCAGACUGUAUCAUCGUCAGGUCAAAAUGUUCUAAAAUAAAUUACAUCUAAAUCAUAUCACUGUGUGCAUCCAUGCGGUACACCGAGCAGUUGCUUGCAGCUGUAUAUGACUACUGUUAUACGACUGUUGUACUGAAUAAUGGAAAGAGACGUGUGAAAUGAGUUGUGAGCUUUGGGGACAUCAAGAGUUUAUGUAUAAAGACCUGCAUAGAUGUUAUUGAGGUUUUGAUAAUGCAUUCUUGUUUGUUCUUGUGUCCUACUGUGAUCUUUGAUGUAAUAGCUCGCCUCUGAAGAACAGAAAGAGACUGGACAUAAUGCCUCGGAUCAUACAUUGUUAAAUACUGUAAUGCAUUAAAUAUUACCCUCUUCAAAGGGUCCAUAUUAUAUCCGACACAUUAGCAAGAUUGCUUUGAGGAAUUGUGCUACGAUAAUCAAUAGAGUUAUUCUCCUCUUUUGGGAAAAAGAAAGACAGUAAUGUAAGUGCAUGCGAUGACUUUCAAUGAGAUGAUUGUAUGACUCUUCACUGUAGUAAUAGUGCUUUAACAUGGAGGAGGUGACUUCCAGUCAGGGACGGUUAAUUUACUCAUCAAUCACAGUCAUGCUUUAAUUUUCUGUUGUUUAAAUGGUGUAAAAAAAAAGACAGAAUUUGGUAAAAGAAUCCAACAGACUUCACAUCAAAGUGGAGAGGCCUACAGAUGUGCAAAAAAGGAUGUGAAGUUUGUUUUUUGUUUCUCUGUUUGCUUGUUUGUCUGCUACAAGGAUGUCUAAAAAAAACAAAAAACACCAUUUGGCAAUUUACAAA